UGAGCCCAAGAAACAAGAUAACAAUCCAAGGUGGCUACUCGAAGGCAUUUAAGGAACAGGGUGCCAUACCGGCGAUAUGGGCCCAGUGGUAUCAUUAAGAAUGUUGAUGAAGAGCAUUUUUAUGUUUAUAAUUAUUCCAGUGAUAAAUCAAAGAGAGAUAAUUCAGUUCCAUUCAAAAUUGUAAAAGAAGAGGAAGUUGAAAAAGGGAGAAAAAGUGGAAAGGAAGAAUAUGUGGGAAACUUGGUGAUUUGGCCAAUGUCUGGAUUUCAAAAGGUCGAUGUGUUGUCAGUGAUAUUAUAUGGGGAGGAUUACUUGAAGCAUUCAGUGGGAGAUAGUGUACUGGAUCAAUAUAGGUAUGGGAAGAGGCGUAUGGAUGGAAAUGGGAGGAAAGAAUUGUUAUUGCCUAUUGAGAUUAUAGAAAAAAUAAUAUGGUAUACAAGGGAGGCUAAAUUAAAGACCAAAUAUCUUUUUCUUUCCAAGUAUUUUUAUGUCAGAUAUUUGCCUACUAUAUAUGAGGAGCCUGAGUUGCACAUUGGGAAUGUUUUGAGGUUUAUAGAGUCGAUAACAGUUAAUGAUUCGCCAUUAUUGGGUUAUGAGGAGCAGAGAAGGGUGGGUACUGGUAAGAUUACUGAAGGGAACCAAAAUGCAAAUGAAAAGGAGAAUAUUAAUAAAAAUACAACAAAGAAACGAAAAAAGUUCAAGAAUACUCGAGGGGAAUAUAUCAAAAAAUUGGAUCUAACUAAAUUAAGUGGUGGAAUUAGAAGCAGUAAUAUAACAAAAAUAAUUAAGCACAGUAAUAAAGAAUUGAGAGAGUUGGUGUUACCACAAAUGAAAAUAGGAUAUAUUGGAGUAAUAAGUUUUCGCAAUUGCUUGAAAUUGAAGAAGUUGGACUUGAGUUUGGUGCUAGAUGUUAUUAAUUUGAAUGAGUUGAUAACAUGUUUGAAUAGGCUAGAAUAUUUGAAGGAGUUGCGGUUUCCUCGAAGCUCAAUUAAAAUGGAUGGUAAUGGUAAUAAAGACAAUGGUGAUGUGAAGUAUUUGAAGAUUAAAAAAAUUGAAAGCUUGUAUAUUAGCGGAGGAAUCACGGACGAGAUACUAGAAAACUUGAAUCCCGAGGGAGGUGGCAAUGAUGUCCACGAGGCUAGCGGCGGGAACAGCAGCAAUAUAGAGAAAUUGAGCAUCAAGUUCUGCUCGAGUCUCACGGACUUUGGGGUGUACAGGUUCUUGAACAACAACCGGUUAGGCAGAAACAUCCGAGAGUUGUCUGUGUUCUAUCCGAACGUGAAGCUAUCGGCGAACACGUUCGACUACGUUUUCAAGAUGUGUCCGAACCUCGUCAGGUUCGAGAUCAGCGACGACUUUAUCUCAAGUGAGCUCUUCAGCGACUACAACCUCGCGAUGGUGCGCGACAGCACAAGCAGCACCGGCAGCAGAAGCAGCGUUGUGUUGGAGGAGUUGCACCUCACUACGAGCGGGCUCUUGGGCCAGUUCAACAAGGUGCGGCCGGAGGACUUGUUGUUGGCCUUGUUGGAACUCCGCUUCCCGCGCUUGGUGCGGCUCCGUCUCUCACGGCGGUUGGGCUGGGACGUUGCCGGCGCCAACGGCGUGUUGGACCAGAUUGUCGGGGCCGUUGAGCGCAACGCCGGCGCCGUCUGUUUUGACGCGUAGUGCAUGCGUGCACGUGCGCAGGAAUGCGUGCUCCCUCGUCUGCCUCUGCUGCUGCUUCUGCUGCUUCUGCUGCUGGACGAGCUGCUCUUGCUGCGUGUGCUUCCUCUGGCGCCUCUGGCAGCCUCCCGCCGCCUGCCUCUUCUGCCCAGGUCUGUGGAGCUGCCCUGAGCGUAACGUUGGGCUUUGGCUCAUUUCAUGUUAUUGUCUCGAGUAGAACAUGUGGAAUAUCCAGCUCAAACCUACAAAUCGUGGAUCACCAAAAGCAUAAUCGGUUUCGC